UUAAUUUCCCUCAAGGAGCGCUGUCUAAGCUCAAUCCGCAUGCGCAUUAAAUGUCAAAUGCUAAAAAAAACUUGCGGCUUGCGGUAAAAAUAUUUUGUUAAAAAAGAAAAGAACAAAGGAGCUAUUGACAAUUCUGCAGCUGAUUACAACAUUGCGUGUCAUAGUCCAAAAAUAACGAUUGUAAAAAGAAGAGUGCGUUUCUUUUUUUGUUGACAGUGUAUGAAUUUAAAUUACGAAUAUGGAUAAACUAAAGGAUAGCUCGAAUGGUGAAUUAAAAUUACCACCACUUCGUAGUUUGGAUGAAUUUAUUUUAGAAGCUGCACGUUUUCAAAUUCCAAACAUUAAAGACCUUGACAAAUGGGGCAAUCGAGUUGUUAAUAAUCUUCUUUAUUAUCAAACCAAUUACUUCUUUCUAUCGAUCAUCAUUUUUCUCAUUGUUGGAUUAAUUCAUCCUGCGAGAAUGUUGGUUGGUAUGUUAGCAAUGACAGUGAUGGUUUCCAUUUUUAUAUACACUUCAGUAGAAGGGAGAGCUAUUCAUAACUUUAAAAAACAAUAUCCAGUGGUUGGAAUCGCUGUAAUUCUCUUAGGGGGAUGUUUUGUUACUUAUACCUUAGGUUCUCUGCUUGUCUUCCUAACUGGUAUUUUGAUGCCUUUCUGCGUGAUCUUCAUUCAUGCAUCCAUGAGGUUACGAAACAUUAAAAACAAAGUCGUCAACAAAUUAGAGAGCAUCGGUUUAAAACGAACCCCAAUGGGACUCUUUUUGGAACAGCUUGAGGAUAUCACUGGUAUGGCCCUUCGUGCACAAACAUCUAUCAUGCAAAGUGCACCAAACAACUAACACACGCUUGAUGCAACAUCAUUUUUUAUAAAAAU